AGGCCUGGAUGUCCACCUUGGCCUAUUCCUUGACCCAAACACAUCCAUGUACCUUACAGAAGAUGUCAUCAACAAACCAGAGGUGGAGAUGUCACUACAAGAUUUGCAGCUCCAUUGCUUCAAAAUGCACGAUUAUGAUGGCAAUUAUUUGCUUGAUGGCUUAGAACUCUCCACAGCCAUCACUCAUAUCCAUAAGGAGAAAGGGAGUGAACAGGCACCACUAAUGAGUGAAGAUGAACUGAUUAACAUAAGAGAUGGUGUUUUGAGAGAUGAUGACAAGAACAAUGAUGGAUACAUUGACUAUGCUGAAUUUGCAAAAUCACUGCAGUAGAUGUUAUUUGUUCAUCUCUUGGUUAUAUGCAAAUGUGACCUGGGAUAAUGUGAUUGAAUACUUUGAUAAUGCAAAAUAACUCAUUUCUAACUACUGCUGCAGCGUUUUGGUAAAAACCUGUAGCAGUUUGUUACACUGGGGUGAGAAGGGAUCAAGAGAAAUGAAAGA